UUCUACUUUUCUUUCCUCUUCUCAGCAAAAAAACAUUUUUAGUAACAUUUGUUCUAAUAAGAAAUUUGUCUCUUGCUUUAACAAGAAGCAAGACUAGCCUUAUCUGUACCUUUCUUUCUGAAUUAAAGAACCCUUUAAGAUUCAUAUGAUUUUCUUAAUUCUUUUUUAUAUAUGUAGAUUUGUUUCUUAAACACUAUAUUUAUGUUUUACAAUAAUUGUUUUAUAUGUUUUCAACUUCUUUGUAGAUUUGCUUCUUACACACACUAAUGUUUUAUCUUUGCAGAGAAACUUGACAUUUAUGGAGUCUGUGAAGACCAAAUCCUCCACCGCGAGGAGCGUUGAGCUACCGCCUCGCCGUGGAAAGGUGAAGCGAGAGAUCUUUGGUUUCUUAGCCAAUUCCAUUGUUUCCGCCGCCGUGAAAGCUGGUGGAUCGUUUAGGAGGAACGGCGGAGGUGGUGGUGGUGGCUCUUCUUCCUCAACCACCACUCCUCCAGGGAGUGGAUACACCUCCGACCAGAACAACGAAUCCACUUAAACAACAAACAGACAUAAAGACAUAAUUAUGAAAGUGCCACCACCAUGGCACUCUUGAGAAGAAAGCUGAGUGGUUCUGUUCGUUUUUGAAAACAGAACGCUACUUUUUUCUCCAAGUCCGGUUCGGUUUUAUGGUGGUUUGUUUUCUUAUGUGUGGUACGACCCGGUUUAACUUCGUUUUUUUGUGGGUUAAACUGGGAAUACGUAAUGGUGUGAUUAAUUUGCUUUUGAUUAUGUUGUAAGCAAAAAUAUCUCCCUAAUUUGUUGUUUCUACGUGUUUUUAAAGUGGAGUAAUGAUGUCCUCUGGGAGAUAUUUUUGAUUUGGUUUGGGUUGGGUUUGGUUUGGAUUUAAUUAUGUAAUUUGUAUGCUCUAAGUGUCUGUUUGAGUGUUUGUAUCUUAAAUGCAAUGUAUAAUUAAGUGUGUUUGAUUACUUUUAUUAGCUUCUUUCUCUUUUUGAGUUGAGGAAUUUUAGAAAUAG